AUGAAUGGAACCCAAAACAUCAGUAGCGCCCUCAAUUGGGGGAGACGAGAAGAAAAGUGUGAGAGUGACACCGUUUGUAUGAGUGACAAUCACGAAUUUUCGUCUUGCGAUCCGGGAGAAUGGAAAAAGCGGAAAAAAGUGAAUUAUUUAAUGGUAUCACCACAGGAUAUUGUUGCACAGGGAAAAUGUCUCUGUCUACAGUACAUCCGUUUCCGUCUCAAGAGAUCAGGUGCACUCAAUCGGAAGGUAAUUCAGAGACUCAGAACAAUAACUAUCGAUACACCGUCCACUUCCACAGUCAUCAGGGAUGUCUUUCCCAUCUUAAACGGGUUGGGCGAAGAAUUGGAGAGGAUGCAUCCUCGGGUCUACAGCAACGUCGGACGCCAAUUGUCUCGAGCCUGGGCCGAUUUGCCCGAGGCUGAGACACUCUCAGUGCUCCUGGCAGAAGUGGCCAAGGAGCUGUUCAGGGGAGGAGCCUCCUGGGCACGCGUAAUCUCCUUCUGUGCCGUGAUAGGAGGCGUUGCCCUGGAUUGUGUUCGUCUGGGCAGAGCAGAUGCUCUUCCCAGGCUAGUUGAGGUCUUUGGGCAUGUGGUAGAAGAGGAUCUGAUGGUUUGGUUAGAGGCAAAAGGUGGCUGGAAGGGUUUACUGGCUGUCCGAGCAGCUGGAGCAGAGUGUACAUUGAUGGGAUGGCUCUCCAUUGGAGUAGCUUUCCUCAGUGCCAUCUACUUGGCCUCGUGUAUUCUGGAUUCUGUCAGGAGGCUCAUCUUCUAACAAAAUUUUAGAAAUUUAUAGGUAAGUAGACGCUUUCGACAGAUUAUUCGUGAUAAAAGAAUAUUCUUUAUCCAGACUUAAAAGACUAAAAGAUCCAGCGGAACUUGGAUAAUCUCAAUAAAUAUUUAUCAUAUUUUCGGAAUCUUCAUUAAAUCAAGCUUUUCCGUUUAUCCCGUUUAUCCAGUCUGAAAGAAUAUUUUUACGAAAUUGAAGCUGGAUAAUAAAAUAAAUGGAUAAUAACGAUUAAUACUCUUUAUUCUGCUUUGGAGUAGGCUUUAUAAAUUAAAAAAUAUCCAUCAGUUCAUUAAUAGUUUUUUUUAUCUUAUCCUGUUAUCCAAAGUGUAUCCUGUUAUCCAAAGUGUCUUGGCUAAACAUUGAUAAAAUAAAGCAAAGUUAUUCAGCAAGAUUUCAAUGAAAAAAGUAUUAUAAAAUAUCCGAAUUCGAUCAUGAACAAAAUUUUAAAAAAAGUUGGAUAAAAUAAGUUUAAAAGUAAAUUUUAAUAUUUUAAUUUGAUAUAAGGUAAAUGUACCAGCGAUCGUCAGUGUUCCUCGGAUCGGAAGGUUGUCCCGCGUAUCGACACCCCAAAGUAAAAUGUACUUUUGAAAAUUAUUCAUUGUAUUUUAGUAAUUUUCUUUAGCAAGAUGCAUCUCGAUAGCUCAUAUUUAAUCUACAGAACCAAUUUUAUCGUCGAGUUUCAAACAAAAUUGCUAUUAUUUACCUAAUUUAUUGAAUCACUACUGUAUCAGAGUCGUUAGCAAAAAACCCUCCAUUCAUCGCUUUCUUAAUAUUUCACGCGAGAAUUCGUCUGCAAGAAUAUGAGGAAUUAGGUUUGAUUAAAAUGAUUUACAAAUCUGUGUUAAUUAAAAAGUGAAUAUUCAGUGACUCUAAUCUCACUAUCAAUACACAUUUUUAAUUGUUUCGGUAAGGAAUAUUGAAAAUAAAUUAUUUUUUGCGAACAAGUACGUUUUCUUUCAUCUGUUCCUCGAAUCGGCACAUUUUUUUCGUGGAAAAUUGCGCUCAACGCGCUCAGCUGUCAUCUUCACAGCCAUUAUUAGAUGUUUUUGUUGUGAUAGAACAAUUUACCAGUGAAAGUUUCAUUAAAUUUAACAAUUUUAGAAGUAGUAUCAUGUGAAUACAUAGUACACAGUGUAAAGAUGACAAAGAAGCUUCAAUGAAGCCUUGUAGAGUGAUUUAGAUGCCAAGAAAGCAGAUGAAUCCUCAUCAAAAAUAUCUGCCGAUCCGUGGCUCAUCCCUUUCCGAUCCAUGGAACACCUGAUUAAGUCCCUUCCGAUCCGCGGAACACAUUGCAUCCUUACAAUUACACCUAUAUAUUAUUAAUUUCCGUAAUUAGCAAAAGUGUCAAUACACGAAAAUGAUUAAAUGGAUCACUAAUAUAUCAAUUGGCAUGUAAAAAAAUAACCAAAUAGUGUUUUGGAACUCAUAUAUUCAACUAAAUAUGGAGCACGUCUCUUAACAUUCCGAUCCGUGGUACACUUCCCUUAUUACUGCGUUAUCACACUUGCACAUUAAAAUUUUAAUGUGAUUCACAUUAAUUGUCGCUUGUGAGCGUCCAAACAUGUUAUUCGUGUCUUUGAGUCACUUAAUAUUUGGAUUUUUUUUUCUAUUUAUUGAUAAAGAAGUGGACUUGGCCUGCAAAAAUAAGUUUAAAUUUACAUAAAGCAUAAAUAUUUUUUACAUUAAAAAAUUAAAGAGAAAAUCGCAUUAAUUUUUCGCAUUAAUGCUAUAAAUCAAUUUAUAUCAAAUUUUGCGGGCCAAGUCUAAAGUCUACCUUUUUAUCAACAAAUACAUCAAAUUUUGAAUAUAAAAUGAUUGAAACACACAAAUUACACAUUUAGACUCUCACCAGCGACAAUUAAUGUGAAUCAUAUUAAAAUUUUAAUGUGCAAGUGUGAUAAAACAGUUAUAUCUUCUCAUUUCUAUGCAUUAAACUUUUCCUUAAAAUGAGCAUCCGAGUUUGAUCGAAUUCAACGGAGUUAGAAAAAAGCAUCGCAGUAACGUUCUUGCGCAUAUAUUAAUAUUAUUAUUAUUUUAUUAAUUUUCCUCAAUAUUAUUGCUAAAAUUCUUUUUCUAUCAUGAUUCUAAACGAAACAAAGAAUAAUUCUUUUGAUUUGGAAUGGGUAAAAAAAAUACUUCAUCAGUCCAAAAACAAGUUUUAAAGUCGCACUCUAUGAAAAGCAUCGGAAUUACCUCUCUUUACUAUAAUCCCAACUAUAAAAAUACUAUUAAAUUUUUCACUUUGAAAUUUUAAAUGCUUUUUUUUGUUUAAAAAAGAUCUCGAACACUAUUUUUUUUUAAUUUUUCCUUAUUUUUUUAUUAUCAAUUGAACAAACUGACUGAACCGACUGAACAAAUGUUUAAAAUUCGAACAAAUCUCCCUUGGAUAGAAGAAAAUGCCAUCUAGAAUUUAUUCAAAAUCCCGGAUAAACUAGAACGCUGAGAAAUUAAUUUUUUUUCAAAAAUUUCUUUAAAAAAUUACUGAUAAAUUUGAAAAAAAAAUGUUGAAUAUUAAUUUCUUUUGUAACAAAUAUUUACGAGGCUAAUAUUAGAUAAAUUUUAUUAAAAAAUGCAUUUGACUAAUAUUAAAUAUUGUAAUUCAUCAGGGAAGGCUUUUAUCCCAGACAUCCCAGAAUGCUUUAUCCAAGGAUAAAUCGUAACCCUGCUCAAUCUAUCUUGGAUAACUUUUUUAAUUAACCUGCAAUCCUGUAAAAAGGAGAUUAGGUAUUUCAUUAAAUCUAACAGAAUUUAGAGCCUUUUAAAGAAUUUUUAUUUAAAAAAGUUCAAUUUUUCAAAAUAUGAAAUAAAUUUAAAUUUUACUCGAAUUGUCGAACCAAUUGUGUUUAUCUGCCGUAUAAAAUACUUGAUAACACUGAAUACUCCUCAAUUUAGGACUAAGAAUUCAAGUAUUUGUAUUUUACCUGUUAUCCAAGACUUGGAUAAAGCAACCCAGUACUCAAACCAUCUUGGAUAAGCUUUUCUAUCAAAUUACAGUGUUUCAAAGUAGGCGUCUACACAUUGGGAGCAAUUUUCGUCAAAAAUUGCGUUUUUGACAGAAAUUUGACGUUUCCCCCUACAACGCCGCAGGGAACUUCCUUCAAAAAAGCAAUUUUUGACAAAAAUUGCUCCCAAUGUGUAGAGGCCAUAAUGUUACAUAUCCACAAUUUUAUUAUCCUUACCGAUUAUCGAAUUCGGAUAAAUAAGAACACAAUGCACAGUCUUUUAGUAAAAUUUUAUUAAUAAAAGUGCAAUUUUUCUAACUUAACUCAACUGAAGAUAGAGUCUGGAUAAAGUCAAUCCAAUGCUCAAAUUACCUUGGAUAACGUAUUAAAUACUGUUAUUCAAACCCAGAAUUGUGAAUAAUCAACGAGAAAGCGUCUACUUAAAAAAAGAAAGUCCUAUUCUAAUAUUAUUUUUAUAAAUAUUUUCUGUUAUCCGUUGGGAUAAAAAAGAUCCUGGCAUUUGUUGAAAAUUUGUGUAAAGUAUAAAACGUUUUUUGUUAGGGAAAAUAUAUAUAUUUUUUGGGGUAAAA